AUGGAGGACCUAUUUUUUAAAGUUUACAGAAAUAUUUAUUUAAAAAAUAAAAUUUUUGAAAAAAUAAGAGAAUCUACUCAAAGCUUAUACUUAAUUGGAUAUUCUUACUAUGAAUUCCCAUUACUAUCCAUAAUUAGAACAAGAAAUGAACAUUUAUUAAAAGAAAGAUUAUAUCACUAUAAUAAAUAUAUUUUAUUAAAAAACAAUACCAUAAAUUAUAAUAAUAAUAAUAAUAAUAAUAAUAAUAAUAAUAAUAAUAAUAGUAAUAUUAAUAACAACAACAACAACAGCAACAAUAAUAAUAAUAAUAAUAAUAACAACAAUAAUAUAUCAAAACCAAACUUUUAUCAAGACACAAGCACACAAACUGAACUCGAAUCUGUAAAUAAUACAACUAAUAAUAAUAAUAAUAAUAAUAAUAAUAAUAAUAAUAAUAAUAAUAAUAAUAAUAAUAAUAAUAAUAAUAAUAAUAAUAAUAAUAAUAAUAAUAAUAAUAAUGAAAUAGUUAAUUAUAAUAAAGAUUUAGUAAAUAAUAAUUAUAAAUAUUAUUUUAAUUUAGAUUCAAAUUGUAUUAGUGAAUUAUUUAAAUGGAAUGGAAUUGAUAUUGAAAUUGUUAAACAAUUAUUAUUUAUUUAUGAAAAAGAUAAUAGAUAUAAUAAUAGACUAUAUUUAGAAGUGAAUUCAUUUUUCAAAUUAAUAGAAUAUGGAAAUUUUGAAAUUUUAAAAUAUAUAUUCAAUGAAAAUAAAAAAAAAGGUGAAAACAUUUUAGUUUCACCCAGAGAUUAUAUUUCAAAUUUAAGUUUUUCAAAAGAAACUGUUGAACAAACAAUGGAAUUUUUAAAUACAUUUUUCAAAUUACAAAUUGAAAAACCACUUUUUAAUAUGAAUUAUAAUAUAAUCUCAAUGUUAAUAAAUAUUUCAAAUAAUAAAAAAAAAAAUCUAUAUGCUGAUUUAAUUUUAAAUAAAUUUGAAUUUUAA